CGACUCUGGAAACUCAGUCAACACUUCGUUGACCACUCACUCCAAGUACCACUUAUCCGGCUGUAUAGAUCAUACACGACGGUGGUACCGCAACAAUGCGCCGACGUGCUGCUGUUGGCCAAUCUCACCCCGAACCAUCACCACCAUGACGGCCUUUGUCCCGCGACAGGUAUACCCUCACCUGUCAGCGGUUCCACGAUCCUACUACCUCGGACACCAUGCGGCCGGUCUAUCCAAGAUGAAGUCGAUGGUUGCCACCAUCGAUCUGGUGAUUGAAUGUCGAGAUUAUCGAACGCCCAUCGUGUCACGCAAUCCACUGUUCGAGGCCAACCUGGGCGAACGUCCUCGACUGAUCGUCUACACCAAGCAGGAUCUUGGGAGCACAUACUCGAGCAAGGACCGCGAGCGAGAAGAUAUCAUCCGCCAAUGGGACUCGCCUUCCAAAUCUCUGUUCACGGACAUCAAAUCUCGAAACACCAUCUCCAAAGUCCUCGAAUUUGCUCGAACACACUCGCAGGCAUCUACCUCCUUGUUCGGCACACGGCUAAUGGUGGUUGGAAUGCCCAAUGUUGGCAAAUCAUCUCUCCUCAACGCAUUGCGCAAUGUCGGCCUCGGAAAACGAAAAGCCGCGAGAACAGGCGACCAGCCCGGCGUGACACGUAAAGUUGGCACGGGAGUGAAAAUCAUCGAUGGCGAAGAUGGUCGCGAAGGAGUCUAUAUCCUGGACACACCCGGAGUGUUUGUGCCGUAUGUGCCAGAUGCUGAAAGUAUGCUGAAACUGGCACUUUGCGGAAACGUCAAGGAUACUAUUAUUCCACCGACGACGAUCGCCGAUUAUCUACUGUAUCACCUCAAUCUGCAGGACCCGGGUCUUUAUUCCCAGUUUUGCGAACCCACGAACGAUGUCUUUGUGGUCUUGGACAAACUCGCGCGAAAACAAGGUCGUCUCAAGAAAGGAGGGACUCCUGACUUUACGGCCUCGGCGCUUCAAUUUGUCCAAAAGUGGAGGAAUGGCGAUAUGGGACAUUUCAUCCUCGACAAUGUCACUGAUACGGCUCUGGCUGAACGCACCGAGCACUUGAACUUGCUCGGCGGUAGCAUGAACCAAGCUCGCAAAGCGGCUAAACAAUCUCGCAAAGAUGCGUAUAUGGAUCGGACGUGAGGGAAAUGGUCGCAUGAGUGCGGACAUAAGUAAAUUGUCUUGCCGGACGUAACACGAACAUAUUUACAGGACAUAUUUCCAGAUCACAUGUCAUCUCUCCAGAUACCAUCUUCAUCUUCACCGUGUCCAUUCUCAUCUCUACUGUAUUCUAUCAUCUUAUCUUCCUCAUCACCAAGUCCUGGUGGGAUCGUAAGUCUCUCCUGCACUAAUUUUCCGAUAAUAAAUGUUCUGGCAAAG